AUGGCCACCGACAAGCUGCAGUUCCACGAGAUGGGUUUGGAUGAUCGCCUUUUGAAGGCGCUUGCGGACCUAGGUUGGGCUGAACCAACCCUCAUACAGGAAAAAGCAAUCCCUUUGGCGUUGGAUGGAAAGGACCUCCUGGCCCGUGCACGAACCGGCUCCGGGAAAACGGCUGCUUAUGCAGUCCCAAUAAUUCAGCACAUUCUUACUUCCAAACAGACGGUACGAGAACAGGCUGUCAGAGCACUGGUCUUGGUUCCGACCAAAGAGCUGGGUCAACAGGUUCAGACUAUGCUCCGCCAACUCACUGCUUUCUGCGCUAGGGAUGUCCGGGUGGCAGACAUCUCCGGCAAGGCAGAUUUAUCAGCGCAGAGACCCAUCCUGAUGGAAAAGCCUGAUAUUGUGGUUGGAACACCUUCUCGUGUCCAAGCACACAUCAAUGCCCAGAACCUGGUUCUGCACUCGUCUCUGGAGAUGCUGGUGAUUGAUGAGGCAGAUCUUCUCUUCUCUUUUGGAUUUGAAGAAGACCUUAAGAAUUUACUGUGUCACUUGCCUAAGAUCUACCAGGCUUUCCUUAUGUCUGCCACCUUAAAUGACGACGUCCAGGCUCUGAAACAGCUAGUGCUUCACAAUCCCGUGACUCUGAAACUCCAGGGCUCCAUGCUCCCAGACAGUUCCCAGCUGCAGCAGUACAGUGUGAAGUGUGAGGAAGAGGACAAAUUCUUACUCAUCUACACCCUUCUCAAACUGCGCCUCGUCCAAGGCAAGACGCUGGUGUUUGUCGGCACCCUGGACCGCUGCUAUCGACUCAAGCUCUUCCUGGAACAGUUCAGCAUUCCGGCCUGCGUACUCAACUCCGAGUUACCUGUUCACUCCAGGUGCCAUAUUAUCUCUCAGUUUAACCAGGGAUUCUACGAUUACAUCAUCGCCACAGACGAACAGUGCCUGGAAAAUCCAACUCAGAAAGGGAAGGGGAAGAAAAAAAAGAACACUGAGAAAGAUGGAAGGGGCAGAGAUAAGGAAUAUGGUGUGUCCAGAGGAAUCGACUUCCAGAAUGUGGCUAAUGUUAUCAACUUUGAUUUUCCCGCGUCGGUCGAGUCUUAUAUCCAUCGGGUCGGCAGGACUGCUCGGGCAGACAACCCUGGCACCGCCCUGACCUUUGUCUCUCAUACAGAGCUCCCCCUGCUGGAGGAAGUGGAGAAUGCAAUUACUGGAGACAACACAGACUGCGCCAUGAAGCCAUACGGGUUUAAAAUGGAAGAGAUUGAAGCAUUUAGAUACAGAUGUCGGGAUGCUAUGCGGUCUGUCACGAAGCAGGCAGUGAGGGAGGCCAGGCUGAAAGAGAUCAAGCAAGAGUUGUUGAAUUCAGAGAAACUCAAGACGUACUUUGAAGACAACCCCAGAGAUCUACAGCUUCUACGACAUGACAAAGAUCUUCACCCCGCAGUGAUCAAACCACACCUAAAGAAUGUUCCAGAUUAUCUGAUUCCACCUACGCUGAGACAAAUGGUUAACCCCAUGACUGAUCGGAAAAAGAGACAAAGGCGACAACCCAAACCCGACGGUGUGGUAAAGAGUACCUUCAAGAAAAACGCAAAAGGCAAAAAUCCACUGAAGACCUUCCGCUACAAAGGAAAGAAAAGCCACAACACAAAGGCUGGCAAAUCCUAAUAUCACAGUUCACUGGGACCAAUACCUUUUUUUUUUUUUGUCUUUAAAUUUAUAUACACACCUCUGGGUUCCUGAGGGGAGCACAUAGACUGUGAGCAGGAUUGUCUUGCGUUGGACUUACUUGCCGUUCAAAGCUGCUCGUAUGUUUACGAGGGAGGAACGCGGCAAUCAGAAGUCAACUUCUCGUCUAUAUUUGAAUCAGCCAAGAGGAGACUGACCUGUGAAAAUGUGAACUUACCGACCGAACACAUCUCACCUUCUGCCUUGACUGCGAGGUACCAGUGAUUCAACGUCUUUAACUGAAAAAUAGCCUCCAGUAUGUUACCGUCUUUCAUGGUCAAGGAGUUACUUUUGUUCGUUUCUUUCCCAGAUGACACGGACCUUUCACAGGAAUCCUGUUCGUUUUUAUAACCGAGCAAAAUGAAUACUGUUUUGCCACUGGAGUCAUGUCUGUGAAGUCAUUUAAAGCAAGGCUGGUGUACGUGUUGUUAUGAGCUGAAUAAAAAGGCCGUUAGUAA